AUGGCGGCUCAGAAAAAACUCGACAUCCGUCCAACAGCGGCCGAAGCCAAGACGUUGGUUGAGCAAGCGGCUGUUGCGAACCCCCAGCCCACGUUGCUGCCGAUUUGCAUUACAGUACCCUCGGACCUCCUAACGCCGUCGGCCACGUACUUGAAGCUGUCGAAUGGCGCUACGGCCGAGUAUUCAUUCUUGCUUGAAAGUGCCACUGGGGCUACCGAGACCGUGGGGCGAUACAGUUUCAUUGGAGCUAAUCCAAGAAAGGUAAUUGCCACCGGGCCAGGUUAUGAGGAUGUCGGGGACCCGCUCCGCGCUCUUGAGACCCAACUUGGCCAAGAUAGGGUAAUCAGCGUGCCAUCACUCAAGCUGCCCAUCUUGACCGGGGGUGCUGUUGGGUACAUCUCCUACGACUGCAUCAAGUACUUCGAGCCCAAGACGGCUCGCCCACUCGACGACAACCUGCACAUCCCCGAGGCCUUGUUCAUGCUUUUCGACACCAUCGUCACAUUCGACCACUUCUUCCAGGCUCUCACCCUCGUUACCCAUAUGCGACUGCCCGAGGACCCGGCCGACUUCCAGUCCGCCUACGACGAGGCGUGCGCCAACCUCCGUGCAACACUCGCCACGAUCCAGCAGCCCGAGACGCCGCUUCCACCAAAACAGGAGGCGGAUCCGUCGACUUCCCAGCAAUACGCCUCGAAUGUCGGCCGCCAUGGCUACGAGUCCUUUGUCACCAACCUCAAGUCGCACAUUGUCAAGGGUGACAUCAUCCAGGCUGUGCCAUCGCAGCGCUUCUCGCGCGGUACUUCCCUCCACCCAUUCAACAUCUACCGCACGCUGCGCACACUGAACCCAUCCCCGUACCUCUUUUUCCUCACCUGCUCGGACUUCCACAUCGUCGGAGCGUCACCCGAGUGUCUGAUGAAGACAGACGGGUACGCACCCCUGCCGGUAGACGAACGGUUCGAGUACUCGGCCGCGCGGCGCCCACGGAUCGUCAACCACGCCAUCGCCGGCACGAUCAAGCGGGGCCUGAACCCGGCCGAGGACGACGAACUGGCGGCCGAGCUGCAAGCCAGCACCAAGGACCGCGCCGAGCACGUCAUGCUAGUCGACCUUGCGCGCAACGACGUCAACCGCGUGUGCCACCCGUCCACGGUCAAGGUCGACCGGCUGAUGCGCAUCGACCGGUUCAGCCACGUGCAGCAUCUCACCAGCGAGGUAUCUGGUCUCCUGCGUCCCGAGUGCACCCGCUGGGACGCCAUGCGCAGUAUCUUCCCCGCGGGUACCGUUUCCGGUGCGCCCAAGAUCAAGGCGAUGGAGCUAAUCUACGACCUGGAGAAGGAGAAACGCGGGAUUUACGCCGGUGCAGCAGGUUGGUUUGCGUACGACGUCGUGCGUGUAGAGACAGACAAGAAGUCAGGCGAGCGCAAGGUGUUUGUGGAGGAGGGCCAGAUGGACACGUGCAUUGCGAUCCGGACGAUGCUUGUCAAGAAGGGCACGGCGUAUCUACAGGCCGGCGGUGGUAUCGUGUUUGACAGCGAGAAGACGGAGGAGUGGAUGGAGACGAUGAACAAGCUCGCGGCUAACUUGCGGUGCAUUGAGUUGGCGGAGCAGUAUUAUGGUGAUGGCGCGGGCACGAAGUCGGUGCAGGAGAUUAUUGAGGAGGAGAGGCAGAAGGGGGAUGAGUUUUACCGGCUGCAGACUCUGGGCGCCGGGGCGUAG